AUGGCGAAUAGCAAGUACGAGUAUGUCAAGUCAUUCGAACUUGAAGACCAAGUUAUGUUUCCUAAUUUAAUUGUUGUCCGGAUCGAUGGUCAUUUUCUCAAGUUCAUGAGUUUGAGAAGCGAUGAAGCAGCCCUCGGUCUGAUGAAUUCAUGUUCUGCUGCGGUUUUGGAAGAGUAUCCUGAUUUCAUCUUUGCAUAUGGAUUCAGUGAUGAAUACAGUAAGAUUUUGUCGUUGGUAGCUUCCUUCUUUGCUGCAACGUAUGUAACAAAAUGGAAAGAGUUCUAUCCCCAAAGAAAACUUGAAUGUGCUCCUUCUUUCACCUCAAAAGUUGUAACUUGUGCAUCAACAGAGGUUCUUCAAGUUUAUCUCGCGUGGAGACAACAGGACUGCCACGCCAAGAAGAAUCAGUAUGAAAAUUGCUUUUGGAUGUUAGUUAAAAGUGGAAAGACCAUAAGUGAAACACAAGAGAUUCUUAAGGAUACACAAAAGCAGCAGAAAAAUGAGCUUCUCUUUCAGAAAUUUGGUAUCAAUUACAAGACGCUUCCUGUACUGUUUCGCCAAGGAUCAUGUCUUUUCAAGACAAAGGUGGAAGAAACUAUAAAACAUGAUGAGAAUGGUAAUCCUGUAAAACGAUUGAGGAGAAAGGCUGUUUUAGUACAUUCGGAGAAUAUUGCUGCAAGAACCUUCUGGAAUGAGAACCCCUCCCUUUGUAAUGACAUUGGACACUCCACGAAUGAUAUUGGCAAAAUUGAACCAGAUUUGGCUAGGUCGUUCGAGUUUGAGAACAAACUGUUACCUUUAACUUGGGUGGUAGUUAGGAUUGACGGCUGUCACUUUCACAGAUUUUCUGACGUUCAUGAAUUUGAGAAGCCAAAUGAUGAGAAAGCUCUGAAACUUAUGAAUUCAUGUGCAGUGGCUGUUCUCGAGGAGUUUCAGGAUAUACAGUUUGCCUAUGGUGUCAGUGAUGAAUACAGCUUUGUUUUGAAGAAAGAAUCUGAGCUCUACAAAAGACAAUCCAGUCAGAUAAUAUCAGCAAUCGCAUCCUUGUUUACAUCCACAUAUGUGAUAAAAUGGAGAGAUUUCUUCCCUCAUAAAGAACUGAAGUACCCUCCAUCAUUUGAUGGACGAGCAGUAUGCUAUCCAACCUACAAGAUUCUUUUGGAUUAUCUGGCUUGGAGACAAGUUGACUGUCAUAUUAAUAAUCAGUAUAACACAUGUUUUUGGAUGCUUGUUAAGUCUGGAAAAAACAAAACUCAGUCCCAAGAUUACUUAAAGGGAACCCAAACACGAGAGAAAAACGAGUUGCUUAGCCGUCAAUUUGGGAUUGAGUACAAUUCAUUGCCUAUAAUCUUUCGAAUGGGGUCCUCUGUUUUCCGCUUAAAGGAAGCUGCUGCAGUGGAGAAUGGAGUAGUCUCUGGGAAGAAACUGAAACUGGAGGGAGAAGUGGUUGUUGAUCAUUGCAACAUCAUCGAACGCUGUUUCUGGGAAGAACAUCCACACAUUCUUAGCUAUUCAUAAAACCCAGCUGCGUUUCACUUCCCCUGUAAGACUAAUUUAUUGCAAAUAAUUUUGAAUAUCCAAAGUCUUUUUCUUUUUCUUCGUCAACAAUGAAAGGCAAUGCUGAAUCAAUUUAGUGACAUAUUAGACUUCAGAGAAGUAGGUCGGUUUCGAAUGUCAA